AUGUCCAAGCUGCUACGCAACGGCAUUCCACGCACCGAAGAUGGCAAGAUCGACUUUUCGUGGAAGAACCACUACGGUUUCACGGGCCUCAUUGUACUACUCGGCUUCCUCUUUCCGCCGCUCGCGGUGGCUGUGCGAUUCGGCAUCGGGCGUGACUUUUUCAUCAACGUCCUGCUCACGAUCUGCGGGAUCAUUCCGGGCCAUUUGCACAACUGGUUCAUUCAAAACGUACGCAACAACGACACCAAGGCGCGCACGCCACGCUGGGCCAUCCGAUACGGACUCGUCGACGACCGACCGCAGAAGAAGCUCGAUAAGAAACGCGCCUGGACGGGCCGCUUCAACGACCGGCUGCCACCUAGCCAGCGCGUGGUGUACGACGACGAGGGCGUGGCGCAUGUGGUCGAAGAACCUCAGCCCGACAGCGACAUGCGCGGCGUAACGGCACCUUGGAAUACACAGCCGCUCCAAGGCCAGAGGACGGGCCUGGUGGAACCGGAUCAGUGGAUCAACAAGGACCCCUCGCAGCCUGAGAUCAACUACAAUCACGAACCAGUCGAAAAGAGGUCCAAGCUGGCCAGGUUCUCGCGAUCCAAACCCGCCCGCACGCCUGAUGCGAAGCUCGACAGCGAUGCACACUCAGACCGCUCGCGCCGUCGAUCCAGUCUCGCCACAAGCAGCGACGAGAGCUUCAUCAUCAGUACGCCCGAACAUCCUACACGCGCCACGUUCGAAUCCUCCGCAGCAUCCGCCAAGCACCUCCACCAACAGCCUCGGCGCCAAGACGAUAUUUUCGCCCACGAGUUCUAG